UGGCAACUUUGUACGCGUCUACGAUUUGUUUCCGAAAAGGUCGUCGAUGACUUUGCGAUUAUACAAAAUUACAAAGAAAAAGUGUAACUGUUGUUGUGUCAUUGUAUAAAUACGUUUUUUAGUGAUAAAUAUACACAUUAUGGCCGGUGCAAUGUUAUUCGAGAGGUCACGCGUCUCAUCUUCGAACAGAGACGAAGACGUCCGCAUGACCGACAAAAUGGUUAGCACAGGUGAGCUGCCCGAAGAUGACGAAGAAAACAUAAGGGCCAAGGAGCAAGGCAUCCUGAACCUCGGUGAGAAAUACAAGAAGGAAGGUAAAGCGAAGGAAUUAGCGGAACUCAUAAAAGCGACGAGGCCGUUCUUGAGUUUGAUAAGUAAGGCAAAAGCAGCAAAACUGGUACGUUCAUUAGUCGAUUUCUUCUUGGAUUUAGAAGCUGGUAUCGGUAUUGAAGUUCAGCUUUGCAAGGAAUGUAUAGAAUGGGCGAAAGAAGAGCGCCGCACCUUCCUCCGACAAUCUUUGGAAGCGAGAUUGAUCGCGCUAUAUUUCGAUACUGGUAUGUAUACGGAUGCUUUGGACCUUGCCACUGCUUUAUUGAAGGAAUUAAAAAAGUUAGAUGACAAAAAUUUGCUUGUUGAAGUGCUUCUUUUGGAGAGUAAAACCUAUCAUGCCCUCAGCAAUUUGCCAAAAGCCCGUGCAUCGUUGACAUCCGCAAGAACCACAGCAAAUUCUAUCUAUUGUCCACCAAAAAUGCAAGCAGCACUUGAUUUGCAAUCUGGUAUCUUGCACGCGGCUGAUGAACGCGAUUUCAAAACUGCGUACUCAUACUUUUACGAGGCGUUUGAGGGUUAUGAUGGAGCAGACAGCCCAAAAGCGUUAACUGCAUUGAAAUAUAUGUUAUUGUCGAAAAUAAUGCUUAAUCAGGCUGAAGAGGUUGGUACAGUUUGUGGAAGUAAAGCCGCUCUCAAAUAUGCCGGUAAGGAUCUAGAUGCCAUGCGUGCAGUUGCUACUGCAUCACACAAGAGGUCCCUAGCCGAUUUCCAAGCUGCCUUAAAGGCUUACAAGCCAGAACUAGAGGAGGAUGCAGUGGUCCGUGCCCAUCUGGGUGCCUUGUAUGACACAAUGUUGGAACAAAACUUGUGUCGUAUUGUGGAACCAUACAUGAGAGUUCAAGUAGACCAUGUCGCACGCUGCAUUCGUCUCCCUGUCGUACAAGUAGAGAAGAAAUUGUCCCAAAUGAUCCUCGAUAAGAAACUCAAUGGAAUUUUAGACCAAGGUGAAGGUGUUUUGAUUGUAUUUGACGAGUCACCCCUGGAGAAAACUUAUGAAACAGUCUUGGAAACCAUCCACCAUAUGAGCAAAGUUGUGGACACUCUAUAUCAGAAAGCAAAGAAGUUAUCAUAGACUUGAAGCAUGUACAUUGUUGUAGACUUAACGGUUUAAAUAUAUCAAAUUAACAACCUUAAAUUUUCCGUUUUGAAUUAUUUUUUGUAACACUCUACUUAAACUGGGAUACAGCUAACAUAUUGUAUUAAAGAGAACAGAGAAAUAAAGCAAUAAUGAGUCUGAAAUAUUUACAUUUUUAAAUGUUACUGAUAUGAAUUACUAAUAUCUAAUUUGAUUACAUUCAUUUCUAACUUAAGCUAGUGAAAAUUAUAAUAUUCUGUUUUAAUUGAGAAUAAACGGUGUUCUCCGAA